ACCCGGCUCCGGUCUGUUUCCGGAGGGCAUGAAAUGUUUGCGGAGACAGGAGUCAGGAUCACGUGCUAACCGAGUCGGAAGAUCAGAUGCUGGCGUGGAGAUGACCUACUACAGGAACUGCGUCUGGUUGCUGAAGGGUCUCCGGGAGUACACCCGGAGUGGAUACGAGGCUGCAGCACGGCACUUUGAUGCCAAAGAUCUGGAUGUUGAUGUGACAGGAAGGUGCUUCCUGAUCACUGGAGCCAACAGUGGGAUUGGCAAGGCUGCUGCCCUGGAAAUUGCAAGGCGAGGGGGAACUGUUCAUCUCGUCUGUCGAAACAACGAGCGAGCUGAAGAGGCCAAGGCUGAGAUUGUGAAUGCCAGCAAUAAUCAGGAAGUUUUUGUCCACAUCUUGGACUUGUCAAAGCCAACGAUGAUCUGGACGUUUGCAAAUGAAUUCCAACAAACCCAUGGCAAGCUGAAUGUUAUGAUCAACAAUGCAGGCUGUAUGAUCCAUGAACGCCAGAUGACUGCAGAUCAGUUGGAGAGCAACUUUGCCACUAAUACCUUGGGUGCAUAUAUAUUAACCACAGCUUUGAUACCUCUCCUCCAAAAGUCUGAAGAUGCUAGAGUGAUCACAGUGUCGUCAGGAGGAAUGCUCGUUCAGAAACUAAAUGUGGAAGAUUUGCAAUUUGAGACGGGGCAAUUUGACGGGACCAUGUCUUAUGCACAGAACAAGCGCCAGCAAGUAAUUAUGACGGAACAAUGGGCCAAGACGUACAAGAACAUUCACUUCUCCUCCAUGCAUCCCGGCUGGGCUGAUACCCCAGCUGUGAGAGCUUCCAUGCCCAGUUUUCAUGCAAGGAUGAAGGACAGAUUGAGGACGGCGACUCAGGGGGCAGACACAUUGGUCUGGCUUGCUGUCUCCAGCUCAGCGUCACAGCAACCCAGUGGCCUUUUCUUCCAGGAUCGGAGCCCAGUGUCUACUCAUCUCUUUUUGGCCCAGACGAGAGCCACAGCUGAAGAGGAGCAUAAACUAAUGAAAGUUCUGGAGGAAUUAGCAGAAAAGUUUAAGCCUGGUACUUGUGACAAUGCUAGCCCGAAAUGAAUUAUCACUGGAAUCAAAGUCCUGAUCCCUGUUCAUUCACAUCACGACAAUCCCAACACAAACUGAAUGACAACUCAGUUUAACUCUGAUAAAUUUGGUAUCCCACUCUUCUAACACUACAUUCUCAAUACAGUGGAGAGUGGAUCCUUGGCCACUUAUUGCUUGUCAGAUAGAAUGUUUGUAAGCAUUUUCAAUCUUUUGAUACUCGCCUCUAUGGUGUUUUUUUCUGUUUUAUUUCUUCACCCUUGAAUAAACUCUACACAUCUCCUUUACACUUUCAGCCUUUUAAAAUGUGCCUUUUAAAUGUUAAAUAGUGUAAAUGCUGCUUAAAUUAGUCCAAUUUCUUGUUUUGUAAAAUUAAUAAAAUAAGCAUAUGCAAGAAUUACA